AUGACCAUUGUCUACUCUCAGUUCGAGUUUGACGCCAGCACGAAGCUCGAGGGCCGCAAUGACGCAAUGAAGCAGAUCACCAAGCUCAUUGAUGUGCACCUCUCUGAGCCCUACUCGAUAUACGUCUACCGUUUCUUCUUGAACUCGUGGCCACAGCUGUGCUAUACUGCUGUUGACUCUGAGGAUCCUGAUACCAUCAUCGCGUGCAUCAUCUCGAAAGUUGAGCCUCAUAGAAACGUGCGCAUGAGAGGCUACAUAGGGAUGCUGGCAGUGGAGCCCAAAUUCAGAGGGUUGGGCAUAGCUAAGACGCUCAUAGAUAAGAGUCUCACCACAAUGAUCGACCAGUAUAACACAGAUGAAAUCAUUCUGGAAACUGAGGUUGAUAACAAGAAAGCGUUGCAGUUGUACGAGAAUUUUGGAUUCAUAAGGACUAAGAGGCUGUUCAGAUACUACCUCAAUAAGCACGAUGCCUAUAGACUUGUGUUGCCUGUCACCCAUAAGGCGUGCAUACGAACUCCGUUUUUGGAGCAAAUUAUAUAG